AAAGUUCAUAGAUCCUUAAACAUUACCUUUCUUAUUUCUUAACAUAAACUAAAAUGUCCCAGCAACAAGAUCAUCACGUACAAGAAGAACAACAACAACCGCAGCAGCAAUAUCAAAUUCAAUAUCAAAAAAUAUCAAAACUAUUAGAACUUGUAUCAGAUUCUGAAGAAGAGGAUACAGAUUUAAUCCAACCUAAUAACCAAAUAACUUGUUUAAAUGAUAUUGCAAUAAGAAAUGAAAUAAUAACAGAACAUUUCGGUUUUUUACCAAUAAGUUUUGUUGAUGAUAUAAUUAAUUCUAUUAAUGAAUUAAUUUAUAUAGCUAUUGCUGGUAUGGAUAAUUUUGUAAACUCUGAAUUGAAAAAUAAAAAAGAAGUUGAACAGGGUACACAUCAAAUUGAAACGUUGUUGGAAAAUUUGGUUGAUAAAUAUUUUGAACGAUUUGAGAUAUACACGUUACAUAAGAUUCUUGCUAUACGUGAAAAUGUUACGGUCGUAUUGAAGCAUAAUGAGGGCGUGAAUUUUAAUGUGGAUGAAAGUGUAGAAGUAGAAACUGAUAAAGAGAUUGAAUUAUUACGAAAAAAAAUUAUGGCCGCGAAAUGUUUUAAUCUCAAGCUAAAAAAGCAACUGAUUAAAUAUGAUAUACAAAUUGAAAGAUUAAAGCGAACCGAAAAUAAAAUAUCGUUUCUACGAACUGCUGCAAAGGCUCAUAAUGCAUCUCCUUUAUCGGAUACAUUGAGGUUUGUAACCGAUCAAUUAAUGGCCAUUAAAAAGAUGUACUAUAAUUUGGAUGAAUCGGCUAAGGAAGAAAACUUGAAACAGUAUGAAAACAUGAUUGAUGAACGUGAGAAAUUUAUUAGCAUGAUGGUAUUACGACAAACAGAGAAAGAAAGAUCAUUAACACGUAGAAAGGAAUGCUGAAAAAAUGUUUG